AUGGAAUCGGAAGGUGCCCCAGAAUCCCAACAGGAGAGCUUAAUCUCUGGAAUAGGUAACCUGUCCAUAGAGAAAGCCGCAGGACAUUCUGAAGUCACGCAUCAGGCAAAUGGCGUGGCUCAUUCGUUGCCUGACUUAGAGGAGUCGGCUGCUCCCUACAAAGUGAUAUUGCAGACCGGCGACGUGAUCAUUGAAUACUUCGAUCCUGAAUCUGAUAUUGCGACACAAUCGGAGGCGCGCCAUCGUCGGUGGCGAGUCUCCAGUGAUGAUUUGGCACGAAAUAGUCCGUAUUUUCGGGCCCUUCUUGACCCGCAUAAAUUCUCCGAGGGUCGACAACUUAUGCAGCAGAAAAUGAUGCAUCAGAAGCUUUUGACUGACGAAACGGUGGACACUGCAUCUUCCGAAAACCCGAAUGCAGAAGUGAGAUAUCUGCCUGUCGUGAUCCUCCCGAGCAAACAUGUCGCAUCGAGGCUUGGGUUGGAUGCCAUCAAAUUGUUUCUGGAGAUCCUGUCUUUCCACUCCUUUGAAGAGGAACAGAAGUGUUCAUUUGAUGCGGAACUAAAGUUUUCGCCUGUGUCUCUGAUUGCAAGACUACUGGAGCUAGCGGACGCCUUCAACUCCCCGCAUGUCGUCCGGGAAUCUCUCAAGAGAGCCGGUUACGCUUAUGGAAAGGGGAAAUAUCAACCAUCCAAAUUUGAUUCUUCUUUACUGAAGCUGAGUGAGGAUCGCAUCCGACAAACCAUCUUUGUAGCGCGGACCCUGGACGAGCCAGUCAUAUACAGAGUGAUGACCCAUGCCCUACUGGUUCUUGGCUCGAAAACUUGGGCAAACGGUGUCGAGCCUCCGGUUACUCCUACCCACCCCUGGCGCUUUCUGCCUAACGGUAUAGAAGAGGAGCUCUACUUCCGCCGACAAUGUGUUCUGAACACUAUUACCGACCUCCAAGCCUACUUCCUUCGGGUCUACGGCGCUUUAGAAGACCCCGAGCCCCCCAAACCUUUUGUCCCACGACAACCACUUGCACCAGCGAUCAACCAAGCGCGUCCCUUCCAAUGCCGCUACGGCUUUGGCAACUCCAGUGCCUGCGACGCCUUCCACCUAGGACAGAUGACCCGAUUCUUCUCUCUUCGCACGAAGACCAUCUUUCUCGGCUCGACCUUAAUUGAUCCUGAUUUCACCCUCGACUCAGACACCGACUCCACACCUGAACAACCACCGGCACCUCCAUCAGAUAUAACAGCCAUCAUAGCUUCCCUCAAACAAUGUCCCGACUACCAAAUAGACCCAAACCACGUCGGCUGCGGCAUUCGCCGCCGCUUCCUCCCCCCACUGGAUUGCAUAGAACGCUUCGUCGGAGACGGACGAGGCCUCCUCGGAAUCGACUUCCACUCAUGGACCGGCCAGGAAUGGCCCUUUGCAACCUCGUCCUCAUGGGCUAACCGUACCCUUCCUCGCGCAAACGUCAUCGAUAUCCGUAUCUCUAAAUUGAGCGCUGUACAUGGAGGAAGCGGUGCUCGACUCUCAUUUACCUCUCAAGAAGAGAACGCCAGGCUACUGUUCACCGCGAAAAAGAGGAACUGGGAGGCUUAG